AUGGCAGACGUAGACGUAGCCUUCAUCCAAGAACCUCCACACAGACCCAACCCCUCUCUCAUACAAGAGGCCCAAGGCAUCCCUCUCAUCGACCUCUCUUGCCCCGACGUGGACGCCCUCGUCGACGACGUAGGCCAUGCCUGCAGGCAAUGGGGCUUCUUCCAGAUCAUCAACCACGGCGUUCCGCCAGAUCGCCGGCACAAGCUGGAGGAGGUGGCGAGUAAGUUCUUCCACCUGAGCCUCGACGAGAAGAGGAAGGUCAGGAGAGACGUCCGGAAGGUGUUGGGGUAUUACGACACAGAACACACCAAGAAUGUGAGGGAUUGGAAGGAGGUGUAUGAUUAUGCGGUGCAAGAACCCACUCUCGCCGCGGCCUCCCUGGAUGAGGACGACGACCGAGUGGCUCACUGGGAGAAUCAGUGGCCUGAAAACCCUCCAGAAAUGAGGGAGGUGUGUCAGGAAUACGCGAAGGAGAUGGUGGAACUGGGUAAGAGAUUGAUGGAACUAAUCGCUAUGAGCCUGGGGCUACCAGCAGGGAGGUUUGAGGAAUUCUUGAAGGACCCAACCAGCACCAUGAGACUAAAUUAUUACCCACCUUGUCCUUCGCCUCACCUUACCCUCGGUGUGGGUCGCCACAAAGAUCCCGGAGUCUUAACCAUCCUUGCUCAGGACGACGUCGGUGGCCUCGAGGUGAAGCGAAAGUCCGAUGGCCAAUGGGUUGCCGUCAAACCCAUCCCCAAUGCCUAUAUCAUUAACGUCGCCGAUGUUAUCCAGGUGUGGACGAACGGAGAAUAUGAGAGCGUAGAGCACAGGGUUAUGGUGAACUCGACAAAGGAAAGGUUUUCAAUUCCAUACUUUUUGAAUCCUUCGCACUACACAGUGGUGAAGCCCCUGGAGGAGUUGACGGAUGAGCAAAACCCAGCCAAGUACAGGCCUUAUAAAUGGGGCAAGUUUCAACUCAGGAGGAAGCUCAGUAACUUCAUGAAACUGGACACCGAAAAUAUCCAGAUCCAGCAUUUCAAGGUUUAAUUAGUGUCUGCCGUACUAUUUAAGCAUAUUAGUCCAAGUAUAGAGUGAACAUAUUGGAAUGGAGCCUUGGCGUGGCCGUGGUGUUUGAUGAUGAUAUAAAUGUAGGUCUUUUUUCUUUUAUUUGUGAAGUGAUUGUAUUUACUUGAAGAGCAAUGGCAUAAUGAGCGUAGCUUGUGGUGUUAAUUGCGCCUUUCAUUUCUUCUGCGCAUUCAAAUAUUUGUUAGGAAAUUACAGAAUCAGUGGGGACUCAAGCCCCGCAGCAUACCAACCUUAAUGCAGGCCUAUUACCCGUCUGCCUAAUUGAGCUGUGAGUACCACUUGGGCUUCUCGGCCCAAAUAUUAAAGAAGGAUGGUAAUUUGGGUUUGGGCCGAAGUACAACAUAUGUAGUUUGUCGCAAAUUCUAUUGUUGAAAUUUAAAGCCCAAUGCCUUGA